UCCCCACUUCUUCAUUCACUGAAGUUAUAAGAAACAAAAGGAAUACAUAGAAAAUAAAGGAGAAGGUAAGAAGAGAAAGGUUGUGAGUUUGUGAGAGAUGGGGAGGGGAAAGAUUGAGAUCAAAAGGAUUGAGAACUCGAGCAACAGGCAAGUUACAUAUUCAAAGAGGAAGAAUGGGAUCCUUAAGAAGGCAAAGGAAAUUAGUGUUCUAUGCGAUGCUCAAGUUUCCCUUAUCAUCUUUGGUGCCUCUGGAAAGAUGCACGAAUACAUCAGCCCCUCCACCACGCUGAUUGACAUCCUAGACAGAUACCAAAGAGCCUCUGGGAAGACCCUCUGGGACGCCAAGCAUGAGAACCUCAGCAAUGAAAUUGAUAGACUCAAAAAAGAGAAUGACAGCAUGCAAAUUGAGCUCAGGCACUUGAAAGGGGAAGACAUUACGUCACUGAAUUACAAGGAACUGAUGGCUCUAGAGGAUGCCCUUGAAAAUGGCCUCAAUGGUGUCCGUGAGAAAAAGGUGGAAGUGCACAGGAUGUUCAAGAGAAAUCAGCAACAUUUGGCAUUAGAAAGCGUGGGAAACAUGCAUGGACAGUGGAUUUGA